GGGGUGAAAGGUCACGAAGAUGGCGCUGGCCGCUGGUCUGCUACCCAAGCUACUGCUCUCUCGGUCCCUGCCCGGCGGGGCAGCCCGACCCUGGACUCCUGGUGCGGCCGAGGUGAAGCUGCCACUGGCCAGGCUUUGCUACCUUUGCCGCCGCCGUCUCGGCUCGGGAGCGGCCCUGAUUUCCCGAAGCACUUGGGCCUUGGCGGCCCCUGCGCUGCCCGCCCGGGGCCUCCGGCGGCCAGUGCUCAGCCCUCGGGGACUCCCGGAAGCCCUUGCUUCUUUCCCUGCCUGUCCCCGGCGCAGCUACAGCACGGAGGAGCAGCCCCAGCAGCGCCAGAAAACCAAGAUGAUCAUUCUGGGAUUCGCCAACCCCAUCAACUGGGUUCGGACUCGAAUUUACGCCUUCCUUAUCUGGGCCUAUUUCGACAAAGAGUUCAGCAUCGCAGAGUUCUCUGAGGGGGCGAAGCAGGCUUUUGCUCAUGUGUCCAAGUUGCUGUCACAGUGUAAAUUUGAUCUAUUGGAAGAACUUGUGGCCAAAGAGGUGCUACAUGUAUUGAAAGAAAAGAUUACUUCACUCCCUGACAACCAUAAAAAUGCCCUUGCUGCUGACGUGGAUGAAAUUGUAUAUACGUCAACAGGAGACAUCUCCAUUUACUAUGAUGAGAAAGGAAGGAAGUUUGUUAAUAUCCUGAUGUGCUUUUGGUAUCUAACCAGUGCCAACAUCCCCAGUGAAACUUUAAGAGGAGCCAGUGUAUUCCAGGUUAAGUUGGGAAAUCAGAAUGUGGAAACUAAACAACUUCUUAGUGCAAGUUAUGAAUUUCAGAGGGAGUUUACCCAAGGAGUAAAGCCUGACUGGACCAUUGCACGGAUUGAACACUCAAAGUUAUUAGAAUAAUCUUUCUUGGAAAAAUCAGCUUAUGGACUUUUAGCAAUUGCUGUGACAAACUAAGGAAGAAAAGUUUUUGGAUCAUUUGAUCUUCACUUAAUCAAGUUUGUGACUUACUUUUGUAUUACUUUGAAAUACUCAUUGCAGUAUAUUGGCAUGAUACAAUAAAGUAUUUUCCACAGAUUGUUAUCACCUUCUUUAAAACAGGUCAAAAUAAAAAAAUAAAACUACAAUAAUAAUGCAUUGUUGGUGUCACAUUCAAUAUCAUUUCCAGUACUACAUA